AUGCCUUUGCUCGUCCAGGAAAUUGAGGAUGAGUCUGGCGCACCGGCGAAGCUAGAAUUGACGCCAGUGGAAGAAACACUUCGCACGCUACUGCUGGACGUUGCAAAGCAUAUUGAUGCCGCACCAUCGCCGCCUGAUGCUGAAGGCCAAGUUCCCGUACCUGACGACCUCGCAAAACAGCCCAUCACACUACGCUUCACGGGAGGAUGGGUUCGGGACAAGCUUUUAGGUGUGCAAAGCCACGAUAUCGAUGUGGCUAUCAACAAGAUGACGGGCUACCAGUUUGGCCUCCGCUUAAAGGAGUAUCUGGAAAUUCCUGGGAAUCUCGAAAAGUAUGGCCUGGAAUCAAUUGCUGCAAACGAGAAGCAGAGCCAGAAAGCCGGAGCAACCAACAAAUCCAAGACCCUUGGUGGUCUGCACAAGAUCGAAGCUAACCCCGAGAAGUCGAAACAUCUCGAGACUACUACCAUGCGAAUACUGGGACUGGACAUUGAUCUGGUCAAUUUAAGAAAGGAGACCUAUUCUGAUGAUAGCCGAAAUCCUCAGAUGGAGUUCGGCACCCCAGUAGAAGACGCUUUACGGCGUGAUGCGACAGUCAAUGCCAUGUUCUACAACAUUAACACCGAGCAGAUUGAGGACUUCACCGGCCGAGGCCACGAGGAUAUGGCGAAGAAACUGAUUCGAACUCCGCUGGAACCAUAUCAGACUUUCAAGGAUGAUCCAUUGCGCGUGUUGCGACUCAUUCGCUUUGCUAGUAGGCUGGAGUAUACCAUCGACGACGAAACUCUGCAAGCAAUGGGCAACGAAGACAUCAAGCACGAGCUGCGUCGCAAAAUCAGCAGAGAGCGCGUCGGUACUGAGCUCGAGAAAGCAUUGCUUGGGCCGCACCCGCACGAAGCAAUGAGGCUUGUCUUUUCUCUUGGCCUGUACGAUACGAUCUUCUCCGAACCUAUGGUUGCCAAGGAAGACCACUACACACCAGACAUUGAAGGCUGGAGCAUAAUCAUCGACACCCUUGAGGAGAUACUCAGUUCCGGCGGCGUGCUGCAGGAAAAUUUAGCGAGAGACAGCGAAGAGUCAUAUCUCGCCUGGAUUCUUGCGGCGGUCAUUCCUUAUCGUGAUGCGCCGCACCCAGAGCCUGCGGAGCCUGGAAAGAAGCCGCCGCCUCCCAUUCCGGUAACUGUAGCGCGAGAAGGCAUCAAGACACCCAACAAGAUCAGCGAUGUCAUCAAUGCUUCCGUUCGCAACCAGACUGAGAUCUCAGAUCUGGUCGACAAAGUCUAUGAUAGGAAACGGCGGCCCGACAAGAGAUUCGAGGGCGAAGAUCCUGCCGCUCGCGAUGCUCUCGGCAUGGCGAUACGUAGGUGGGGAACAAGCUGGCGAAGCCAAAUAAUCUACUCGCUGUUGGUGGAAUUCGCGGACAAUCAAGGCCAGAUAGAGACGAUCGAACGAAAGUACAUCGCCUUCAUCGAACAUCUUCGCGCUCUCGAUAUCACAGAUGUCUGCGCUCUGAAGCCACUACUCGAUGGCAAAGCCCUCGCCAAAGCUAUUGGCACUCCUCCAGGUCCAUGGAUGAAAGAUGCUCUCGAUGUUGUCAUGGCCUGGCAGUUGCGGCACCCCGGCACGAAUGAUGCUCAACAAGCAAUUGAAGAGGUGAAGAAUCACCAAGCCAAUGGUGAGCUUACCUUCGAUCUUGUCCGUCACUUCCUAAAGCUUACGAUUCGUCCUCUGUUCAUCAAGGCCACACCCAGAACGGUAACCGAACAGGGCCACACUGCGAACAAGCCUUGGAAAUCCUCCAAAGAUGCCUUCGUUCUCGACAUUCUUGGAUGGACAAUCAAAAGCCUGAACGAGCAUCGAGUUUCCGAAGUCUGGCCCCUCGUCAUCCCACCAAUCCUCACUCUCCUCGACGACUGGGAAACGAAAUACAAACAACUAGGAACAGAACUCCUCACCUUCCUCCUCAAAUCCACACCCACCUCCCUUCUCAACCGCACCGGCCUCGGCGAAGUUUUCGAAGAAGCACUACUACCCUGCCUCACAUACAUCCCCACAAUAAGUCCAGAAGAAGAAUCAAUCCCCCUCCUCAAAGCACUAUACCCAGCACUCCUAAUCUUAUCCAAAAGCCGCUUCCCCAACGACAAACCGCACCGCGUAAAACUUCUCGACACCAUCAUUCGCAAAGGAAUCAUUUACGGCUAUACCCAUUGCCCCUCUCAUCCACACAUCCUCGAAAUCCUCUUCCACCAACUUGGCAUCUAUCUCGAUGAACUCGGUAUAGAUUCCGUGAAACACAUCAAAUACAUCUUACCCAUGCUAUCAGAAAGUCUUUCUGAUCCCACGGGAAUUGCUACGUUGACUUUGCUCGAGACUUCGGCUAGGGCGAUGCAGGCUUUGAUCAGAAAUUCUUGGCCUAGGAUGGUGGUGUAUAGGGGAGAGGUACUCAAGGGUGUGAUGUUUUGUUGGUUAAAAAUCCAAGGCGUGGACGGGACGCCCGUGGAUGAUGUGAGGAAGGAGUUGAGGGAGUGUGUGAGGUUGCUGAAAAUAUCGGUGGAGAAGCAAGAGGGAGAGGGAUGUGAUUUGGAGAAGGAGUGCGAAGGGUUUUUGGUUGUGGAUGGGAGGUUGAGAGACUUGUUCGCUUGA